CCAUGCGCAGACUAUUCAAACGUCCGCUCCGUGCAUUCAUCAUCAACUCAGUUUUAACAAGUUCAAAUCACUUCAAGAAGUGGAAACGUUAACAUCGCUAGAUUACAAAAUUCAGUGUGUGAAGUGGUCGAUUGUGCUCAGUCUCCUUGGAUUUUUUUCCUACCUGCCCCCUUCCAAUAGUAUUUUGGAGAGCAGGUGUUCCACAUCUGUCUGGACCCUCGUCGUUUCACUCCCUAACAACGGGACUUUCUGCAGAGGGGAAUUUCGGAAUAACAGUUCAGUGGGCCAGUGUCGUUUGUAGUUAGUACACCGAACUAUUUGGGAACACAUAGGACAUAUUUAAUUGUGUGAAAAAUGAAUAAUCCAACGAAUUGUUUCAUUUGUAAUAAUCCGCUGGACAACAAUACGCGAGUGAGUGCAGUGAAACAAAAAGGCAUUAUUGGUUUAAUUGCCAGAAGUAAACUGAAAGAUGAUGACAAGUGGAAGUGUUUAGAAGGCUUGGUAGAAACCAAAGUCCAUGAGAAGUGUCGAGUGACAUAUAAUUUAACGAAUAAAAAAGUGACUGAUGAAGGACAAUCAGCGGCUCCUCAGCCAGUCCCUGCUGAACCGCCAUUCUCUUUCGAAAACGAUUGUGUUUUGUGUCACAAACCCUGGAAGCCAUUAAAUAAGCCGUGCCGGAAGAUAUGUACCCCAAAAGCCCAGGAAUGCAUCAUAAAAUCAAUCGCUGCUCGCAACGACGAUUGGUCCGAGAAGGUGAGGAGGAAAAUCGAAGGAAAGGACCUGCUCACGGAAAAAGCCCGCUACCACAUCGAAUGCUACGAGAAGUUUAGGUAUAAAACUAAGGAUAAUUUAGACCCAAAGCAGAGAUUACCUGGUCUAGAUGCGGCAUUCGAAGGCUUGUGUCAUUACAUGGAAGAGAGUGGCGAGUGUCAAUUCACUUAUAAUAGUUUGCUGGAGAAAAUGGAGGGCUGGACUACAACCAAAACUACCUUGAAGCAGAGACUCAUUGCCAAGUACGGCAGUGAACUUGUGUUUGUGGAGAGGCCACCAAAACCAACAGUAAUCUGUUUCCGCAACACAGGCAUCAACAUUUUGGCUAAAUUUUAUGAUGAGGGAAUGGCUAAAGAUCCGAUAGAGGACAAAAAGCGUCUUGUUUGCGCUGUUGGCGCUAUAAUACGCGAGGACGUCCGGAGCCAAGUAUAUGAGACAUCAUCAUACCCACCUCCAGAAGAGCUACUUCAGAAUGUCGAAGCAGAUAUCCCCGAAACUCUGCUUCUACUAUUAGAUUCUAUUUAUUUUAAAAAUUCAAAAAAUCGCGAUCCAAAAAUAAUAUUGAAAAGAAAUGCCCUCGCUCAUGCAAUAAUAGCCGCUCUUCGUCCAAGAUCAUUCAUUUCAUCGAUUCUGUUAGCAGUUGGUGUUUAUUUCGAGAGAAAGUUUGGUUCCAGAAUUCUUGUUGACGUUUUGAAUAAACUUGGAUUUUGCGAAUCAUAUGCAAAUCUCAAUUUAUAUGAAGCUUCAGCUAUAAUGAGUUAUGAUAAAAAAAUGAGGGAUGAUGAACUUCUCUUCAACUUCCAUUCAACACUCAGUCAACACAUCGAUAAUGUGUCCACUGGGAAGGAUGAUGAUGAUGAAUUUUUCCCAUUUAUAGUUUAUGAUGAAAAUCCUGACGAUGAAGCUGAAGAUGAAAGUGGACCGAGCACAAGCAAAAAACGAAGGAUGAAUGGUAAAUAUUUUUCAAAAUCAUGCUGCUCAUGAAAAGUCCAUAAUUGAUUGACUAUUAAUUAAUGAACUAUUUUUUUUCUUAUUUUACAGAAAGCAAGGAUCCAGAAUUAUGUGAGUGAGGGAAGCCCGCACUUUUGGAUCUUCAUGUAUCUAUGCUGCCAAUACUCUGAAUGCUACUAAUCCUCCCAGUCAUUUUGUUGAUCGUGAUUGUAAUUUUUCAAUCAACUACUCACAAUAUUAAUAAAUUCAGUUAAGGCCUGUAAUAA